AUGUCGAACUCUAGACCAGGAAAUCGUCGUUCCGUCGUUGUAUUCUGCUCUAUCAUAAUCUUCAUACUUCUGGGGCUUGGGUUUGAAUAUCGGUACUCGUAUCUUGAUCAUCAAUCACUAUUUCCAGCAUUUGGAAAAUCAACAUUGUCAUGGAUGGCUACUUCUAGCACGUUUUGGGCUGCGUUUGCUCCGCUGCUGGCAGCUGCUGUACCAAGAUGUCCUCCUUCAGAGCUUAGUGGCAAAGCAAUUUCGAAGACUAUCGGGAAACGAAGAGCCGUGGAUCAUAUUGUUAUGAAUGAGAAGGAUAUCGAAACCAUGAGACGAUCUCAUACUUGGUUUGUGGACCAGCUUAUGCAGAAUGCCCCAAAAUUGGAAUAUAAGAAAGGAACAAGCAGGAUUGUAACGUCUGCUGGUGGUGACUAUUUCCCACCACUGCUAGUCAGUCUUCGGUUUCUUCGCCGCACUGGAUCAACACUACCAGUUGAGGUUUUUCUUGCCACACCAGAUGAAUACGAACCACUGUUAUGCGAGGCGAUUCUCCCCUCAUUAAAUGCGAAAUGCCUCAUAAUCUCCGAUAUCAUUGAUCAACAUGAUCUGCCAUUUUCACUCUCAGGAUAUCAGCUCAAAGCUUUCGCAAUAUUGUUUUCAUCUUUCGAGUCGGUUCUUUUUCUCGAUGCAGACAACUUUCCUAUCUAA